AUGCUUUUUUACGAUAACAAACUCGCCCCCAACCCGCUGGUUGUCCGUCUCUUCAUCAUGGAGCGCGGCGGCCUGGAACUCGACGUCCAGUCGGUCGACCUAUUCAACACCGAGCAACGCCGACUAGCCUAUCGGACCCAGGUCAACAAGCGGGGCGAGGUACCGGCCCUCCGCCUCGACGAUGGCACGGUGAUCACCGAGUCAGUCGCGAUUUGCAAGUAUCUCGACGAGGUUGCCACAGGCGGGCACUCGCUCUUUGGAUCGACGCCUACCGAGCAAGCCACGACGCUCAUGUGGCUCCGCCGCAUGGAUAUCGACAUUGCCCAGCCUCUUAGCAGCUGGUAUCGCAACGGCGAGGAAACCAUCGAUUUCUACCGGGGCCAUCGCAUCCCUGAUCCUAGCGCCAAGGUCAUUGAGAAGGUGCGCAUCAACCAGGCGCUGAACCAGCUCGACGAUGAGCUGGAGGGGAAGCAGUUCCUCUGUGGCGACAGGUUUUCCGCGGCCGACAUUUUGCUGUAUGGCAUGACACAGCCAUUUCUCAACGGGACCGCGCCUUGGGUGAACGCACCGGGUCGUCUGAAUGUGGCAGCCUGGUUCGACAGGAUUGGCAGCCGUGAGGCUACUCAAAAGGCCAUUGCGGGCUUUGGAAAUCGGGUAUCAGUGUAA